CUUUCUUUUAUUUCCUUCCUCUUCUUCCUUUCUCCACUUUUUCAUUUUCCACUCUCACUCCUCCAUCUCCAUCUGCUCAUGCUUUUCCAUAGAUCCGUAAAACUAUUGACUAUCAUUUCUCUUUUAAGUUUUCUCAGAAAAAAAUAAAAAAAUGGCAGCUGAGAAGUCUGGUAUGUCUACACCCUCCAAAGGUCAAGCAUGGUUUUGUACCACUGGUUUACCAAGCGACGUCGUUGUAGAAGUUGAUGAGAUGACCUUCCAUCUUCACAAGUUUCCAUUAAUGUCAAAGAGCAAGAAACUUCACGACCUCAUAAAAGAGCAAGAAACCAAAAAAAUUCCAAAACAAAGACAAGAUACAAAAAACGACGACGUUGACUCUUCAAACGACGACGAAGAACUACUUGAGGAAGAAGAUCAGUGCCACGUGUCUCUCUCACACUUCCCAGGCGGCUCAGAAACAUUUGAACUCGCCGCUAAAUUCUGUUACGGCGUAAAAAUGGACCUCACCGCCGCAAAAGUGGCCCCACUCCGAUGCGCCGGCGAAGUUCUAGAAAUGACGGAAGAAUAUUCCGAAGAUAAUCUCAUUUCUAAAACCGAAAGAUUCCUUACAAAUUCUGUCCUCAAAAACAUCAAGGAUUCCGUAAAAGCUCUAAAAUCAUGCGAGAAUUUAUCUCCAUUAGCGGAAAACCUCGGCAUUGUUGAACGAUGUGUCGACGCUAUUUCAUCGAAAGCGUCGCUUUAUGAUCCAACGUUGUUUGGUUGGCCAGUAAACGACGUCGUUAUAGCUUCUUCUCCUGCAGGAGAUUCUAGAAAGAAGAAUACUCCAUCGUCGAAAGUAAAAGACGCAUGGGUUGAAGAACUAGCUCAGUUGAGUUCAGAGUUCUUCAACCGAGUGAUCUCUUCUAUGAGAGAGAAAGAGAUUAAUCCAGAUAUUAUUGAGAACUGCUUGAUUCAUUACGCUAAGCAGUGUUUUCCAGGGAUAAGUCGUUCGAAUCGGAAGCCAUCGUCAUCGAUGAUGGCUUCCGAAGCGGAACAGAGGCAACUCCUUGAGACAAUCAUAUCAAAUCUUCCGCCGGAAAAGAGCUCUCGAUCGCAAGCUGUCACAAGGUUUUUAUUCGGAUUGUUGCGCACUGCAAACAUUCUAAAUGCUUCGGAUGCUUGUAAAUCUGCGCUCGAGAGAAAAAUUGGAGCUCAACUUGAGCAAGCUACGCUAGAUGAUUUGUUGAUUCCGAGUUAUUCUUAUUUGACAGAAACUUUGUAUGAUGUUGAUUGUGUUGAGAGGAUUUUAGGCCAUUUUUUGGCGAUGUAUGAGGAGAGAGAAUUUGAAGGAAGCUGUGAUCAAACCCUAGAAAGUCUCAGAUCUCCGGCUAUUAUGCUAGUCGGAAAAUUAAUAGACGGUUAUCUUUCAGAAAUCGCUUCCGACGCUAAUUUAAAACCGGAUAAGUUUAUCGAAUUAGCUCUAUCUCUUCCGGAAAGAGCUCGGUUAUACGACGAUGGCGUUUAUAGAGCAGUUGAUGUCUAUCUCAAGGCACAUCCAUGGUUGUCAGAGAUAGAUAGGGAAAAAAUAAGCGGAGUGAUGGACUGCCAGAAGCUAACAUUGGAGGCGUGCACACACGCCGCACAAAACGAGCGUCUGCCCCUUCGAGCAGUGGUUCAAGUACUCUUCUUUGAGCAGCUCCAACUUCGCCACGCCAUUGCUGGAACUCUCCUAACGGCAGACAUUGCGCCAAGCGAAUCGGCUCAUCCUUCGAUCCACGACGAAGACGACGAAAACGAGAGUGAAAGCCGUGCGGUGGUGGCGGGGAGGGAGAAGAGCAAUAGUAGUACGUGGAGGGAGGCAGUAAAGGAAAAUCAGGUGUUGCGGUUAGAUAUGGAUAGCAUGAGAACAAGAGUCCAUGAAUUAGAAAGAGAAUGUUCCACUAUGAAGAAAGUUAUUCAGAAGAUUGAUAAAGUGGGGGAGUCACAAAAUUGGAGGAACAGCAUUACACGUAAGUUUGGAUGUAAGUUUAAGACACAAGUAUGUGAUUCCCAUGAAUCAACGGUAGUGGAAACCAGGAAAGGUAGACAUAAUAAGAGCAAUCAACGGUGAUUAGGUUUGGAAAAGUUAUGUCUAUAAAGAUCAGAGGAGUAUAUUGUUAUCAAUUCCAUACUAAAAUUAAUGCCAUUUUUCGUACAUUUUUGUAAUUUUUCUUGGGGUGUAUCUGAUUCACUGGAUAGGAGAGAUACUACUAGUACAAUUAUUUUGUUUGGUAUAUCUCAAAAUCUGUUACAAUUUUGAUUUGUAGUA